UAAACCCUUCUGGCCCUAAAUUGAACUCCAGGGAUAAAACCCUCUCAUCUUCGCCAUUGUUCUUCUUACAUUUCUUCUUGUUUCGAAUGGAAGACUUCAUAAAGAAUCAAACAUUUGCAAUCCACGCAGUGGCAGGUGCAGGAGCUUUAACGUUAGGUACUGCUGCCACUUACCCUUUGGAGACGAUCAAAACCCUUGUUCAGGUUGGAUCAGGCCCGGAUAAACAGUGGAGUGCCGCUCAGGUGUUUGAUCGAGUUCGCAAAUUAUCUGGCAAUUCGGGGUUGUACAAUGGUUUUGGGUGGUUGGCUUUAGGGAGAAUCUUGGGUGUGGGAGCACGUUUUGGCACCUAUGAAUUGCUGACAGCUUUCUAUAAAGAUGGCCGUAAAGACAACUAUGUGUACGUUUCAGAAGCUCUUUUGGCAGGAAUUGCAGCAGGUGCUGUGGAAUCAGUCAUGAGCUCUCCAUUUGAGCUUUUUUCAAUUCGCGCACAGGUGAAAACUGCUUCUCGUAUUCCAAACUCUUCCACCAUUGUAGAAAAAACGACCAUAUCCUCUUCAACUGCAAAACUGCUACGUGGGUAUUCUCCAGAUGUCAAGGCACUGAACCAUUCUGUUGGUCUCUUGUCCACCCUCAACACUAAUAGUUCGAAUUUGACUGGCUCCCUGAAAGAAUAUCCAUGGAUGAUGACUGGGACUGGGAGGGCCCCACCCGUCUAUCUUGUUAGCAGGCCCACUGAUGUGAUAUCUUUAGAAGGAUUGGGUGCGUUGUGGAGGGGUAUCCGAUCAGGGUUAGUUCGUGAUUCUGUUUUUGGUGGUGUAUUCUUUUCAAGUUGGCAAUUUCUACAUCGUGCAAUGCUGGACUGGAAGGCUGUGGGGAUGGACCCGAUACCAAGCUCUGAUGACGAUGUUGGCCCGUUACACCCUUUAGCUGUUAGUCUGGCAGCUGGAUUUUCAGGUUCGAUUGCUGCAGCAGCAUCCCAUUCUUUUGAUACUGCCAAAUGUCGAUCACAAUGUCUUGUGCUGCCAAAGUAUAUUAGCAUGGAGAGGAAGUUUCUGAAAUGGAGUCUGCCUGGAAAGAGGUUCGAGAGACUUACAGGUAUCCAUCCUCGAGAUAGAAAUAUACUUUUUCGUGGGAUUUGGUUGCGAAUGGCUCGCACUGGAGUCGCAUCUUUUGUUUUUGUAGGCAGUUACUUUUUUUUGAUUGAUCACUUAGUUUUGAGAUGAACCACCAUUCAUUCAUCAUAUCAACUUCUAUGAAUUAUGCUCAAACCAGUGUGUGUAAUAUGAGCGUCUCUUUGGCUUAGAAAAGGUAUUCAUCUAACACAAGUCUCUUUGGCUUAGAAGAAAUUAGACUCAUAUGGUCCUUCUAAUAAGAGUGCAUAUUGGAAUAUUUAUCUAUUUGGGUUGGGUU